GCUUACUUCCCCAUCAAAAAAUGCAACAUCUUCUCACUCGCUCCCUCACCAUCCCCUCCAGCAGAGUGUGUGUGUGUGCACAGGCAGAGCUCCAGAGGUCACGCUGUGUUGAUAGCCUGUGUGUUUGCAGGAGUUUCACACUAAUUCCUGUGCAGCUCGUACCCUCCACAACCACCCUCUCUUACCACUUGAACCGCUGCUAUGAGCAUCUUCAGCUUCCUCCCCUCCUCCUCCUCCUCCUGCCCCCACUUGUACCACGGUGACGCCACGCCAUCGAACGCAACAACCAGCGACAUCAACCAUAUCAUCCUGCGGCAUUACAACCACACAGGCCGCCUGCAGAACCGGACCAUCUCCAACCCCCAGAGUCAAAUCAGCGCCCCUGUGGUGGUCUUCCUCUGCUUCAGCAUCUUCAUCAUCCUGGAGAACCUCCUGGUGCUGGUGGCCGUCAUCUCCCGCAUCCGCCACAGCCGCCGUUGGGUCUACGUGUGCAUCGCCAACAUCACGCUCAGCGACCUCCUCACCGGCGCCGCCUACCUGGUCAACAUCUGCCUGUCCGGCAGCCAGACGUUCCGCCUCACCCCGGCCCUGUGGCUCUUCAGGGAAGGGAUGCUGUUUGUGGCUCUUGCGGCGUCCAUAUUCAGCCUGCUGCUGAUAGCGGUGGAGCGGUACACCACCAUGAUGAAGCCCCUGCCACAGAAGUCCGCCAGGAAGACCUACUGCAGGAUCUACGGCCUGGUGGCUCUCUGCUGGUUAUUGGCUCUGGUGAUCGGGUUCCUCCCCCUGCUGGGAUGGAACUGUGUGUGCAACCUGGAAGCCUGCUCCACCCUCCUCCCCCUCUACUCCAAAACCUACAUCUUAUUCUCCCUCAUCAUCUUCUUCCUCAUCCUGCUGGCUAUCGGCGUGCUGUACGGAGCCAUCUACUGCCACGUUCACAGCAGCGCACACCUAGGUCUUCAGCGCAGCCGCAAUCGCUCCCUGGGUCUGCUGAAAACUGUCAUCACCAUUGUGGGGGUGUUUCUGGUGUGCUGGGGCCCUCUGUUCCUGCUGUUACUGGUGGAUUUCUUCUGUGCCUCCCGCCAGUGUGCGCUUCUGCUCAGCGCUGACUUUUGCAUCUCCCUGGCAGUUCUGAAUUCAGGCCUGAACCCCAUCAUCUAUGCGCUGGGCAGCUCUGAUAUGAGGAAGGACAUCGCCAGGCUGCUGUGCUGCUGCUGCCUGAAGGUGGGCAUCUGUCGCCCGGACACCUUCACCUCCAAGGAGACCAGCAGCAACUCGGAGAGCCGGAGGGACAGUCUGAGGAACAGUUUUAACAAAGUCAGAAAUCUGAGCGUGGUCUCCCCACCAUCGACGCCCAACAAGCCUCGCAGAACACCCAAAAAAUAUCGGCUGAGCUCCACCACCAGCUGCCUGUCGGUUUCAAGUGGUUAAAACCACAAAGUGCUCCCCUCCCAAACAAACAAGACCUGUGUGCACCGAUACACAUCUAACCGUUUCCUCCCAGUUUUGGUUUGACUGUUCAGUGCACUGCCUGCAGGUACUUGCACCAUUGAUAACACGUCAGAAGGCCUGUUUGCAUUGAUAAGCAGUUCUUUUUUUUGCAUGAUCAGACAUUUCUUUUCUCCAUGCAAACUCACACAAACUGUCCUCCUCACCUGCAGACAAAGUGCUUUCAUAAACACACAGACCUUCAGCAGAGUUCUUUACCAAAUAAGAGGACGGACAAUCUUACAAAUGUUGAUAGAAACAAGUGGUUCAAUCUCUCAAAUGCAAUCAAAUCUCAUAAAGCCGUAUCUUAAAGGUUUAUGUAACCUAAAACCGACAUAGCAGGACUCUGUUGUUGUGCAUUGUUGACCCUUGUUCUUUUCCGAUGCACCAAUAAACUCAGCUUUUAGACCAAUGUGGACUACAUUUGCAGAAGAAGCUAAUCAGUAGCUUAAUUGCCAGUAAACACCGAGCUCAUUAUUGUCUGCUGUAUUAAAUAAACACAGGAGGAAGCUGAACAAGGUGGUUAACCAGGCCAGAAUAAUCAUAGACAUUAAUGACUCCAGAAAGUAUAACCAGUGCAUCCCUCAUUAUUCAAGCUGCUGCCACAAGUGACAUGUGCCCGCUGCUGUGGCCGUCUUUAACAGAGCAUCACAAAUAUAUUGAUGUAUCACAAGCACUGUUUCAAAUGUGUGUAUUUUAUCUGCCUUUUACUGUAUUUUGCGCCUCUUUCACUCUGUUUUAAAUUACAUUUCAUGUGAAGUAAUGGACCAUAUAGUUCCGUAAUGUUGUGUAUGUUGUGUAUUUGCAGAAGUUCUUCUCAUUAAUGCAUUCAUUCAAAUGCUUGUAAAGCUCUGAUAUUGCACAGUAAACCAAAAAAAAGAGAGUAUAUUUUUUGAUAUGAAGGAAGAUUUAAGCAUGAAGGUAUAUUUGAAGAGAAUAACAAUGUGUGUCUGAUUGUGUGUAUUGUAACAUUUGCUGUAAACUGUUUGAUUGAAAUGUGAAUAAAGUUUAUUUUGCUUUA